CGCCCGGGUCGUCGUCGCCGUUGCUGUUGCCGCGGCCGCCGCCGCCAGGCCCGCGCUGCCGGAGCCCCGCCGAGGAACCGCCGCCGCCGCCGCCGCCACCGCCGCCGGGGACGGAGCCCAGGGAGAAAGAACAAGAAACACAAAAAGAGGAACGUUUGAUGGAAGAAAAGAAAAAGAAAAAGCAGGAAGAAAAGAAAAAGAAGGAAGGUGCUCAGAAAAAGGCUGCUGAUCAAAAAACCAAAGUGCCAGAACCUCCCAAGACCUGUUCGAGCCAGCCCCAGCCUGCCGGUACCGCCGCCAGCGUUUGCACCAGCGCCCUGCCGAGCGGCGGCAAUGGCAAGCGCGCGUCCGCCAGCAGCCAGCAGCCGGCUGCACCCCGUUACCUGCCUCGCGAGGUGCCUCCACGCUUCCGCCAGCAAGAACAGAAGCAGCUGUUAAAGAGAGGCCAGCCGUUGCCUGCCGGGGCUCUGGCCAGCGUGAGCCCGACCCAGGGCGCUGGGCCCGCAGGCGUAAGCCCUCCUCCCCUCCCUGGAGCCGGAGCGCAGCAGCACCCCAGUAAGCUCCAAGCAGAUCUCAGUCACGGCGGAUCGGCAGAUCACUAUGACAGUUCCCACCGGGGACAGCAGCCCACGCACAGAAGCGAAGCCAGCUGCAGCUGGGACCAAGUGAUCACAGACAGGACCGACAAGGAGGCGUGGCCUUCCAUCACAGGAACAGAGACCGAGUCUGCCUCAGAAUGCACUACGGACACUGACUCUGCCUCCAACUGUGGCUCGGAGAACAGUAGCAUGGCUACGGGGAGUGCCCAGGGCGCCUUCACCGGACACACCAAGAAGACGAACGGCAAUAAUGGCACCAACGGGGUGCCCGUCCAGAGCCCUUCUAACCAGGGUGCCCUGGGAGCAGGGGGCGCCAACGGGAACGGGAACGCGGCCCGAGUAUGGGGCGUAGCCGCGGGCCCCGGCUCGGGCCCAGCUCACUGCUCCCUCGGCGGCGGGGAUGGGAAAAUGGACAGCAUGAUCGGAGACGGGAGAAGCCAGAGUUGCUGGGGUGCUUCCAACUCCAAUGCCGGCAUUAAUCUCAACCUGAACCCUAAUGCCAACCCAGCUGCCUGGCCCGUACUCGGACACGAAGGAACUGUGGCGACAGGCAACCCUUCCAGUAUUUGCAGUCCGGUCAGUGCCAUAGGUCAAAACGCGGGCAACCAGAACGGGAACCCGCCGGGCACUUUAGGUGCUUGGGGAAGCCUGCUGCCGCCGGAGAGCACAGAACCACAAACGUCCGCUUCUCAGAAUGUGUCUUUCAGCGUACAACCUCAGAACCUUAACACUGAUGGACCAAAUAACACUAACCCCGUGAACUCUUCGCCAAACCCUGUCAAUGCAAUGCAGACGAACGGACUGCCAAACUGGGGCAUGGCCGUCGGCAUGGGGGCCAUCGUCCCACCCCACCUGCAAGGCCUUCCUGGUGCUAACGGAUCCUCGGUGUCUCAAGUCGGAGGGAGCGGCGGCGAAGGACUCGGCGGUUCCGUGUGGGGCCUGUCCCCGGGUAACCCUGCCGCGGGAAGCAGCAGUUCUGGCUUCGGUCAGGGGAAUGGAGACACUGUGAACUCGGCGUUGAGUGCUAAGCAGAACGGAUCCAGCAGUGCGGCACAGAAGGAAGGAAGUGGCGGUAACGCCUGGGACUCGGGCCCUCCUGCCGGCCCCGGGCUCCUCGCCUGGGGACGGGGCGGCGGCAACAGCAGCGGCGUCGGUCACAUCCAUUCGGGGGCUUGGGGCCACCCCACCCGAAGCGCCUCUAACGGUGUGAAUGGGGAGUGGGGGAAGCCCCCAAACCAGCAUUCCAGCGGUGACGGCAACGGGAAAGGAUCGACGGGGUGGGACGGUCCGAGCGUCAGCGGCCAGAAUCCUGCCGUGCAGCCCGGCAGCGAACACGUGAACUCUUGGGCCAAAGCUGCGUCUUCUGGAACCACGGCAAGCGAAGGAAGUAGCGACAGUUCCGGCAGUCACCACGAAGGGGGCUCCGGGAGGGAAGGAGCAGAAGGCCGGAGGCGAGAUAAAGGGAUCCUAGACCAAGGGCAUAUCCAAUUGCCAAGGAACGAUCUGGACCCAAGAGUCCUGUCUAAUACUGGUUGGGGACAGACUCCCGUAAAGCAAAACACUGCCUGGGAAUUUGAAGAGUCCCCUAGGUCUGAGAGGAAAAAUGACAACGGGACAGAGGCCUGGGGCUGUGCGGCUCCUCAGCCUUCACACUCAGGGGCGAAGAGUGAUGGGUCCAUCGUGAGCAGUACAAAUACCUCUGCAGUAUCCGGGUGGGUCAGCUCACCGCCUGCUGCUGCGCCGGCGAGCACAGGGUGGGGGGACGGCAGCAACAAAGCGCCAAAUGGCCCGGGGGUCUGGGGGGACUCGAUAAGCUCUACUGCUGUUAAUAAUGCUGCUGCUGCUGCUGUCGCCAAGAGCGGCCACGCUUGGAGUGGGACCGGAAACCAGGAGGACAAGUCGCCCACCUGGGGGGAGCCCCAGAAGCCCAAAUCUCAAACCUGGGGAGACGGACAAAAAUCCAAUCCGGCCUGGAGCGCUGGAGGGGGAGACUGGGCGGACUCGUCUUCCGUCCUCGGACACUUGGGGGACGGGAAAAAAAAUGGCUCUGGAUGGGAUGCCGACAGUAAUCGGUCAGGGUCUGGUUGGAACGACGCUACCAGGUCUGGGACCAGUGGCUGGGGUAAUGGCACAAACGCAAAGGUGAAUCCAGGGACAAACUGGGGAGAGUCUUUAAAACCUGGCCCCCAACAGAACUGGGCGGGCAAACCCCAAGACAGCAAUGUAAGUAACCGGGGAGGAGCCGCUUCCGUUAAGCAGACGGGAACCGGGUGGAUCGGGGCUCCGGUCCCUGUCAAACAGAAGGACAACAGUGAGGCCACGGGCUGGGAGGAGCCUUCUCCGCCAUCCAUCCGACGCAAAAUGGAAAUCGAUGAUGGUACCUCAGCUUGGGGUGACCCGAGCAACUACAAUAAUAAAACUGUAAACAUGUGGGAUAGAAACAACCCGGGCAUGCAGAGCAGUACCACGGCCGCCGCCACCACCACCACCACCACCACGAGCAGCAGCACGGACGUGGUCGAGACGCCGCCGUCACACCAGGCCGGCGCCCAGCUGAGUCGAUCGCCGCUGCUCGGUCCAGUCUCAUCGGGCUGGGGAGAGAUGCCUAACGUCCAUUCGAAGGCUGAGAGCUCUUGGGGAGAGCCGUCCUCCCCCUCUGCCCUGGUUGACAACGGCACCGCAGCGUGGGGCAAGCCGCCCAGCAGUGGCAGCGGAUGGGGGGACCAGCCCGCGGAGCCGCCCGUGACCUUCGGGAGAGCCGGCGCCCCCACUGCCGCCCCGGCCCUGUGCAAACCAGCUUCGAAAUCUAUGCAAGAAGGCUGGGGCAGUGGUGGGGACGACAUGAACCUCGGUGCCAGUCAGUGGGAAGACGAAGAAGGGGGCAUGUGGAACAGUGCUGCUUCCCAAGAAAGCGCGUCCUCCUGCGCCUCCUGGGGGAACGCCCCCAAAAAAGGACUCCCAAAGGGCAUGAAAACGUCUGGCAAGCAGGACGAGGCCUGGAUCAUGAACCGGCUGAUCAAACAACUCACGGACAUGGGCUUCCCGAGAGAACCAGCUGAAGAGGCCUUGAGGAGCAACAAUAUGAAUCUUGACCAGGCCAUGAGCGCCCUGCUGGAAAAGAAGGUGGACGUGGACAGGCGUGGACUGGGAGUGACCGACUACAAUGGAGGGGUCACCAAAGCCCUUGGCUGCCGCCCACCAGUCUCCAAAGACUCUUCCGGGGACCGCCCCGCCUUUCUUGACAAGGACGGCGGCCUGGUGGAAGAGCCCACGACUUCACCAUUUUUGCCUUCACCAAGCCUGAAGCUCCCCCUUUCAAACAGUGCACUCCCUAAUCAGGCCCUGGGUGGGAUUGCCUCAGGGCUGGGCAUGCAAAACUUGAAUUCUUCUAGACAGAUCCCGAGUGGCAAUCUGGGUGUGUUCGGCAGCAGCGGAGCAGCACAAGCCAGGACCAUGCAACAGCCGCCGCAGCCGCCCGUGCAGCCUCUGAGCUCCUCCCAGCCCAGCCUCCGCGCUCAAGUGCCUCCGUUUCUAUCCCCUCAGGUUCAAGCACAGCUUUUGCAGUUUGCGGCAAAGAACAUUGGUCUCAACCCUGCACUACUGACCUCGCCGAUCAACCCCCAGCAUAUGACGCUGUUGAACCAGCUCCAUCAGCUGCAGCUGGCAUACCAACGUUUACAAAUCCAGCAACAGAUGCUACAGGCUCAGCGCAGCGUUUCCGGACCCGUGAGACAACAGGAACAGCAAGUCGCGCGCACAAUCACUAACCUGCAGCAGCAGAUCCAGCAGCACCAGCGCCAGCUGGCCCAGGCCCUGCUCGCGAAGCCGCCGCCGCCCCCGCCGCACCUGUCUCUGCACCCCUCUGCAGGCAAACCGGCCAUGGACAGCUUCCCCCCUCACCCCCAGGCCCCCGGCCUGCCUGACCUGCAGACCAAAGAGCCGCAGUCUUCACCCGGCACCUUUGCUCCCUACCCUCUCGCUGGACUGAACCCAAACAUGAAUGUCAGCAGCAUGGACAUGACUGGCGGUUUGUCAGUGAAGGACCCGUCUCAGUCCCAGUCCCGCCUCCCUCAGUGGACACACCCCAACCCGAUGGACAACCUGCCCGGUGCUGCUCCUCCCCUCGACCAGAACCCCAGCAAGCAUGGUGCUAUCCCCGGAGGCCUGAGCAUCGGGCCUCCGGCUAAGUCCUCCAUUGACGACUCCUAUGGCCGGUACGAUUUAAUCCAGAACAGUGAGUCACCAGCCAGUCCUCCGGUAGCUGUUCCCCAUAGCUGGUCACGUGCCAAAUCUGACAGUGAUAAAAUCUCGAAUGGCUCCAGCAUCAACUGGCCCCCAGAAUUCCAUCCUGGAGUCCCGUGGAAAGGACUUCAGAACAUAGACCCUGAGAACGACCCCGACGUCACUCCUGGAAGUGUCCCCACCGGGCCCACCAUCAAUACCACCAUACAGGACGUCAACCGCUACCUCCUCAAGAGUGGAGGGUCCUCCCCACCAUCAUCUCAGAGUGCCGCGCUGCCUUCCUCGAGUGCCUGGCCGCUCAGUGCCUCCGGCUACGGUCGCUCCUUCAGCAGCAUCGCACCGGCGCCUAGCAUCGCAGGUAAACUGUCAGACAUUAAAUCGACGUGGUCCUCUGGCCCUGCCUCCCACACGCAAGCCUCUCUGUCUCACGAACUGUGGAAGGUGCCCAGAAACACUACUGCACCCACGAGGCCGCCUCCAGGGUUAACCAAUCCCAAGCCUUCCUCCACCUGGGGAGCCAGCCCCCUCGGCUGGACCAGCUCUUACUCCUCGGGUUCCGCGUGGAGCACCGACACCUCAGGAAGGACAAGCAGCUGGCUCGUUCUCCGCAACCUCACGCCCCAGAUCGACGGCUCUACCCUACGGACGCUGUGUUUGCAGCACGGGCCUCUCGUCACAUUCCACCUGAACCUGACCCAAGGCAACGCCGUGGUCCGCUACAGCUCCAAGGAGGAGGCCGCCAAGGCCCAGAAGUCCCUGCACAUGUGUGUUCUGGGAAACACCACCAUCCUGGCCGAGUUUGCUGGCGAAGAAGAGGUAAAUCGUUUCCUGGCCCAAGGCCAGGCGGUGCCGUCCACCUCCGGCUGGCAGUCGGGCACCGGGGCCGGCCAGGCGCGGCUGGGCGCCUCGGGCGGCUCCCACGGCCUGGUGCGGAGCGACACCGGCCACUGGAGCGCCCCGUGUCUGGCCGGCAAAGGGAGCAGCGACCUGCUGUGGGGCGGGGUCCCCCAGUACUCAAGCAGCCUCUGGGGCCCUCCCAGCAGUGACGACGGCAGGGUGAUCGGGAGCCCCACCCCGCUGAACACCCUGCUGCCCGGCGACCUUCUCAGCGGGGAAUCCAUCUAGGACCGAGAGGACCCCACGGGCACCACAAUCAGCAGCGCCGGGAAGAGAAGGCUGACCCUUUCCAGCCCGGGCGGCGCUGAGGACCCCGCUUGGCCCGGAGCAGCCCGGCAGCCCUUGAGUACCUCCGUCCAGUACUGGGGACGCACGUCCGCCGCGGUCCUUGCGAACUGUCCACAGGACAGUGCGGGCUGCGCUUGGUCAGUGUCACACGCUAAUGACAGGAUGUUCCUCAUAGCUUUUUAUUUUGUGUCGUCUUAUGUUUGUAUGGUGUGUCGUCAUUUUGAUUUUUUAAGUAUAAAAGCUGCUUAGACUAGUUCUAUCAUGAAGGGCACUUUUCAGAUCGUGGGCUGGAAAGGGUUAUUUUAUCAAGGGGGGGCGGGAGGGAGGGAGACGAGAAAGCCUAUGUAAAACGAGCCUGUGACGAUUAUGCACAUUACCAGAGGCGGCCCGUAGUCAGGGCGGCUGGUGUCCAUCCCUGGGCACAGAGCGCGGGCCCCACGCGGCCGCCUGCGCUCUGCCCUCCGCUCCCACGGGCCCGCCUAUGCACAUUACCCUUGUUUCAUUACUUUUUCCUGUCAUUUUUUUUAAUCCCAAAAAAUAUUUUUUAAAAGUUAAAAAAAAAAAAAAAAAAAAAAGACAUAUCGAACAUGCAAAUACUUGAAUCCAGCAGGCCAACAAGGAGACGCGGGCGCUCGCCGCGUCCAGUUCUGCACUCCCAAGCUGACACCAGUGCGCAGAGACAGGCUCCAGGAAACAUUUUUGAGUUCACAGCCUAUGUGCGUGUGUGCGCGUGUGUGUGCGUGCGCGCGUGUGCGCACUCCUCUGUGUUUGUGUGUUAAGCGUGUGAGGAUUUAACUGUGGGUUUUCCCUUUUAUUCAGUAUAUGCUUUUUUUUUUUUUUUGGCGCAUUGGUCCAACGUUUGUUACUAUUAUUAGCUUCUAACUUUGCACUGAGUGUCCCUGCUCUUCCUUUCGCUAAUCCUAUACGUUAAAGAGAAUUCAUAGGACAGGGCCGGUGACAAUUCACGUGUAAAUGUUUACUCAAGGACUCUGUUACUGCGUUUAAAAAUUACAGUGUAUAUCUCUGGAUAAAUAAUAUGUAUACCUACCUUUAGCAGCUUUUUAUUGUGGACUAAUGCAAGAGAAUUAUUACCAGAGUAUUGCACCAUGUUUCCAUUUGGAAUAUAAAGCGAAAGAGAAAACAGCUGGUGCUGGACCGUGGCCAUAGAUACUGGUGAGAGCCACCGGCCCCGCACGAGGAGCGGGGCCAAGCACUUGGACCUGGGUGGUGACCGCUUUCGGAGGGGCCCGUGCUCAAGGGCUCCCACCUGUUUACAGACCCUUUUUUCUCCUUCAGACUUUAAAAUUUAAAAAAAAAAAAAAAAAAAAAAAAAAAAAAUUUUAAAAAGGAAUUUAAAAAAAAAAAAAAGAAAAAAAGAAAAAAAAAGAGACUUCCGUGGUAAAGAAACCUAUUUUCCGAAUGCAGAUUCGCUACUUCAGAGCUCUGGGAUUGAACAAGUGUCGUCGCUUCCCUCCGGCCAUCGUUGUGGACUGUCGAGUGUCCCCUUCGUCGAGGUGACGAGACGUUGUGGUCACUGUCUUGCACAUGUGGACGCGCUCUCAGGAAAGCCAGGGUUCCCGAGGGGCAGCUCCACACCAUUUCAUGUAUUUUGUAACCCGACUCCUAGCACUGAAGAUGUUAUUAAAAAACAAACAAAAAAAUAAAAAGAAAGAAAAAAAAAGAAAAAAGGAAAAAAAAAAAAACCACAAAGAAGAAAAAUACCUAAUCUCUAAUGUGUAGCAGUUACAUAUUUACCAAAUAACGGACUCAAAAGAAAUAGAUGUUUGAAGAGUGCUUUAUAUAUUAAAAAUUGCUUUAUGUUUUAAAAAUGAUCAAUGUUUUGAUUGUUUUGCAAGAAAGAAAGACAAUGGAGUAACAUACCCUCAAGUAUGUUUUAAAAAUAUAUGAACAUUGUGCUCCCUGCCUGCUUGAUCAGGAAACUUGUGCAUUACAUUUUUUUUAAUUAGCUUUUUAAUGGUUUUAUCAAAACAAAACAAAAAAAGAACAAAAAACAAAAAAUUAAAAAAAAAAAAAUUAAAAAAAAAAGAAAGUCCUGCAAAAUUGCAGAUCGACAAAAGCUGGUUUUAUAGAGGAUCAUGAACUAUGCACAAACCGGGUUCAAGACUUGUUUUCUGAAGUUUAGUCGUGUAUUUAGCUAAACAAACCUUCCUCAGAGUAAGUGCAUCUCAUUGCCGUUACCUGCGUCCUAUGUAUUUGGCGUACACGUUCUUACGCGUGUACGUCAAAUAUAUGUGCGAGCGCGCGUGCGUGCAUGCGUGUGCGUCCAGACAGCGGGCCGUGCUGCCGCCUAGCAUCGGGUUGUAGAAAAACGGAGUUUUUAAAAUUGGGGAUGGAAGUGAAGACGCUUUAUUUGUUUGUUUUUGUUUUUUGUUAAUUUUUUUUUUUGACCUUUUCUUUUGAAUUAAAGAUGUCUGUAACUCUGAGAUUAAAAAACAAGUUUGUGGCUCUUAAUGUUUUUUCCUCAUAGAAUGUGAUCGUUAAAGAACACGCACCGAGAGUUGCUUUCAAAAGGACAACGCUUUGUUGAAUCUUAAUAAAUUGCAAUUUUUUUCUUGGCUGUUCAAAUAAA